CGCUUUCUCGUUCUUCUUCUAUUUCUCGUCAGUUGUUACCGGAGAAACUGAGCGAAGCCUAGCAGCGACGGCAGUGGCCGCCGCAAAACCGCCCCCUAAAUGGCUGAUCUCAUCGGAGUCUUCGUCUUCGUUUCCGCCGUAUUUCUCUCUCUGUCCGCUGGAUCCUCUGCUCUUGAUCUCCAGAUCGUAAAUGCCGAGCGCAGGAUUGAUGUAAGCUCGCAUAUCGUGAAGUCCUUCCUUACUCUCAAGGUUGAAAAUACUGGGAAAGACCGAGUUCCAAACAUGGUUCUUGCUUUCCCACAUACCCAAAUCAAUCAUUUAGCAAUGGUCCAAGCCUUGGCAACUACGGGAAAGAAGAAGAAGAUGACCUACGUGCCACUUGACGUAAAACCAACAGAACAGCCUGAUGCUUCAAAUGACACGGGCUAUUUUAGCAUUUUGUUUGCUAAGCCCUUAGGUCCCGGUGAAACUAUAUCACUAGAAGUGCUCUAUAUAUUGACUCAUUCCUUGGAACCCUUCCCAGCUGAGAUAAGCGAAUCUGAACCUCAGUUGGUACACUAUCGUGAUAGCGCGUUUAUGUUGUCGCCGUAUCAUAUUAAGCAACAGACAACGUUUAUUAAGAUGCCUAAUGUUAAAGUGGAAUCUUUCACUAGUGUGGAGCCUGUGAAUCGGGCUGGUAAAGAGAUCAAGUAUGGACCAUAUGAGAAUCGGUCUCCAUACUCAUAUGCUCCAAUUACUGUUCACUUUGAGAAUAACAGUCCAUUUGCUGUUGUUGAGGAGCUAGUGCGUGAAAUUGAGAUAUCACAUUGGGGUAGCCUUCAAAUAACUGAGAAUUACAGGUUGGCUCAUGGUGGAGCUCGGCACAAGGGAAUCUUCUCGAGGGUUGAAUACCAGUCUAGACGUUCUUUUAGUGGUGCGCCAUCUUUCAAUGAUCUCCUGGCUGUAUUGCCUCCCAGAGUUAAUUCUGUCUACUACAGGGAUGAAAUAGGAAACAUCUCGUCUUCGCAUUUACGCGCUGGCUUCCGGAAGUCAGAACUUGAAAUUGAGCCAAGGUACCCAUUACUUGGAGGUUGGAGAGCAAAUUUUGACAUUGGCUAUAGAGUACCACUGGAGGAUUUCCUCUUCGAAUCACCUGAUGGCAGGCGUUACUUGAACUUUACUUUCGGGUGUCCACUCGUUGAAACUGUAGUAGACAAAUUGACAGUCAAAGUUGUACUUCCCGAAGGAUCAAAAGACCCGUCCGCUGUAAUCCCCUUUCCCGUCGAUCAAGCCCUAGAGGUCAAAUAUUCAUACCUCGACGUCAUGGGAAGGGUUGUGGUAGUCUUGAAAAAGAACAAUGUGGUUCCUUCGCACAAUGUUCCUUUCCAGGUUUACUACAGUUUCAAGCCUAUGUUCAUGCUGGCCGAGCCGUUCAUGCUGGUGUCAGCUUUCUUCAUGUUCUUCGUGGCAUGCCUUGCGUAUAUACACAUCGAUCUCACGAUAGGUGGAAAGUAGAAGGCAUUCGGAUAUUCUCGAGGGUAGGCUUUUCAACUUAGCUCAGUCACUUCUACUGUAGUUUCGCGAAUAGAUUCCCUGAAAGGAACUCGAGUUAAUAGGACAACUACAUCUUUGCACGAUCCCGUAGAUGCUUUGUGAGUUCGUUAUACACUUCGAGAUAGCGAUUAAUUUUAACUCGGUGUUUUCGAUUCUUGCAUGUUUUAUUUAUGGAUGCUGAUAAGAAUAUGAAUAUGGGUUGAAAGCCUGCUUUGCUCAA